AUGCCACUUACCAACAAUAAGGUGGCAGCUGGUGAUGGCUCUGCCGGCGAAAACAAGACUCCCGAGGAGGGAAGAGCUUUGGUGGACUGCCUCGUCAAGGUGGUGGCCUGUCACCGGCACCUUGCCUCGUGCGUGGGCGGGAACACGGACAGUCCCAACCUGCGGCAGGAGUUGAAGCAGACGCGCGAGCGUGGCCUGCAGCUCACCCUGUCCUGUCGGCAGCACCUGACGGCGCGUCUGAGGGACAAGGCUCUGCCCGAGGCCGAGCGCAAGGACGCAGAGCUGCUGUGGGUGGCCUUCUCCUCCUCCCUGGAACUCAUGCACGCCGACAUGUGCAAAGUCUUAAACAUGGGCAACGUCUUCUCCCUGGCCAACACCUGUGCCUUGGUGCAGACGGGCAUGCAAGGGGACACCAAAGAGGUGGCGGCGCGUGCCCUGAGCCUACACAACCUGCAGUACGAGGCGAGGCCCCAAUCGGACAGCGUGGAGCGGCAAGAGCUGAGCCAGUUAGAGGAGGAGAUCGCCCAGGUGGACCGCACCAUCGACGACAUCGAGCUGAAGGUCAACGUCAUGCGCUGGGCUGUGGAGGCGCGGGGACCCCAGGAUGGAGAACUGGUCAGCACAGACAGUGCCUCCAUUGCCCUGAUGGACGGAGGAGACGAGGAGCGAGGAGGAGGAGGGGGAGGGAACCGUGGCACUGUUAUCGUGGCCCUGUGUGGCGUGGGCGUAGUGGCGGUGGUCCUCUCCAUCGGUGUCGUCCUCUUUGCUUGAGGAGGAGCGAGAUAGACAUCGGACCACAUGGAAGACUUCUGGGAGACAUGUACUCUCAUCCGACACCGCACAGCGCUGUUCCGUUUGGUGCAGUGUCUCAAAAGAAUCGUCAACUCAAGAAAUAUGGAUCAGAUCGGAUAUGGAAAAAUUAAAGAUAAAAGAAAGAGUAACAACAUUUUCGGUGAAAACCAUAUUGCUUUUGGAAACUUGUGGGAGAUCAAACAAAUCCACGGACAGGUGGAUACGGGCAUGCAUACCUGUCCUACCUCUGUUGUGGGGACACCGAGGGCCCCAAAUAACCCGAACAAGGAUGUCGAGGGACUUGAGGAGAAUAUCCUCCAUCUUCUGUGGGUGGUGGUGGCCCAAUGGAUCCACAUACUAGUUCUGGCCGACGUAGAGACAUAGUAGACCCGUCUAAUUAUUCUUUUCCAAAUGAUCAAAAGGUUUGCCAUCUGUGCUGUUGGAGAGCAAAUUGGGCAAUAGACAAACACAGAAUUGCUUGUUAAAAGGAACAAUCUGAGGUGCAAUAUGGUAAUUGUAACAAAUGUUAGGGCUUGCAGCUUGUAAAAUGGCUGUGUUUGAAUGUUUUCUAUGAUCCUCUCAAAGCUACGUACAGUAUGUGUAUAAACUAAAGUGUACAGUAUCAGUGUGUGUUGCCAUCAAGUGAAAUGCUUCCAGACCCAAUGACAUGCACUUGAAAGAUGAUCAUCCUCACCAGUGUUUCUGUGACUUUCUCUUUUUAGCAUGAUGAAACUGAUAUUUUAAUGUGUUAGGUUACACCUUAGGCCCGGAUAUGUAAGUAAGCCAAUACAUAAACUGGCUAAAACAGAGAAAAAGAGCGUUCAGUGCUGUCUUUGGACCAAUCAAUUCAAUUGAUCCCUCAUUUCACUUUCAUAAUUUUGAUCCCCAUUAUUAACUCAGUUGCACUUUGUUUCGAGAACAAAAUUAAUUUCUUCAACAAAAUAGCAAUAUUUCUCCUUUGUGUUGUUCAUUGACUGGCCUGCUGUGUUAUUUACGUCUUCAGAUCUCAUCAGCCAUGUGGAAGUGUACCUGAAAUGCUGAAA